GAGCUUGAAGUUUCAGAUCAUUCAUGCAACUGAACUGAAGUAACUUUCACAACGAAGAAGUGAAUCGACUCGUCACGGGGUGCCUUUAACCUCUGGAUAUGAUCGUGUAUCUCUAGGUAAAGGGCUGUACAAUCCUCGGCAGUGUUCUGAGACUGUAUAGCCUAACCUGUGGAUUGUCCUUAUGUAGGACGGUCAGUUGUGGACAGUAUUUUUUUAACAAUAGACAAAACGACGUAAUUAUUGUGAUUAUAUUAAGCAUUUUAAAUGUCUACCAACCCUUGAGUGCGUGUUUUCGUGACGUUUAGUUUCAAAAGUUCAGAUUUGUUUUUCACUUGUUGCGCAUUGAACCGGACGCACGGGAACUAGAGGACAGCUUGUGUAGUCCUGAUCUUCAAACGCAGAGAUGACAGCCGAGAAGGACAAGAAACGCUCGGAGAGGCGUAAGGAGAAGUCGCGUGAUGCGGCCCGCUGCCGGCGCAGUAAGGAGACGGAGGUGUUCUACGAGCUGGCCCACCAGCUGCCGCUGCCUCACAACGUCUCCUCCCACCUGGACAAGGCCUCCAUCAUGAGGCUCGCCAUCAGCUUCCUGCGCACGCGCAAGGUCCUGUCUGCAGGCUGCAGUGCUGGUGAGACAGAGGAGGACAAACAGAUGGACAGCAUGUACCUGAAGUCUCUGGAGGGCUUUGUCAGUGUGAUUACCACCGACGGAGACAUCAUAUUCCUCUCUGAGAACAUCAACAAGUUCAUGGGCCUGACACAGGUGGAGCUGACAGGCCACAGCAUCUUUGACUUCACUCAUCCUUGUGAUCAUGACGAGAUCCGUGAGAAUCUCAGCCUCAAAACAGGUGUUGGAAAGAAAGGCAAAGAGCUGAGCACAGAGAGAGACUUCUUCAUGAGAAUGAAGUGCACAGUGACCAACCGCGGCCGUACUGUAAACCUGAAGUCAGCCAGCUGGAAGGUUCUGCACUGCACUGGCCACAUGAAGGUGUACAACAGCUGCCCGGCGCGGGCCCUGUGUGGCUACAAGGAGCCGCCGCUGGCCUGCAUUGUCAUGAUGUGCGAGCCCAUCCCCCACCCCUCCAACAUCGACACCCCGCUCGACAGCAAGACCUUCCUCAGCCGCCACAGCAUGGACAUGAAGUUCACCUACUGCGACGACAGAGUGACAGACCUGAUGGGCUACAGCCCUGAGGACCUGCUGGGACGUUCUGUCUAUGAGUUCUACCAUGCCCUGGAUUCUGACAGUGUCACCAAGAGCCAUCAGAACCUGUGCACCAAGGGCCAGGCUGUGAGUGGCCAGUACCGCAUGCUGGCCAAACAUGGAGGUUAUGUGUGGGUGGAGACCCAGGGCACGGUCAUCUACAACAGCCGCAACUCUCAGCCACAGUGCAUCGUCUGCGUCAACUACGUCCUCAGUGAGAUUGAGGAGAAGGCCAUGGUGUUCUCCAUGGACCAGACGGAGUCUCUGUUCAAGACCCACCACAUGAGCAGCUUCUUCAGCCAGGUGGGGCCUGUGGCGGCCGAGCCCAGCGAGGCCCUCUUCACCAAGCUCAAGCAGGAGCCUGAGGACCUCAACCAGCUGGCGCCCACCCCCGGAGACACCAUCAUCAGCCUGGACUUCGGUCACCCUCAGUUUGAGGAGCGUCCACUGUUCAGUAAGAUGUCCCCCAUGCCCCAUCCUGCUGGGCACUCCUUCCUCGGGGACAGUGUCAAGCCUGGUACCUCUGAGGUGCCCGCUGUCACCUCGACCUUCUGUGUGUCACAGGCACCACCACCUGCCAGUGCCACCCCCAGCCUGAGCAGCUGCUCUACGCAGCCAAGCAGCCCAGGGGAUUGCUACGCUGCCGUGGACAGUGACCUGACAAGCUCCCAGAUUGAUCUCACAGAGAAGAUGUAUGCAUUGGACACCCAGGAGCCAAAGGCCACUGACACUACAGAUCCUGAUUUGAGUGAUCUGGACCUGGAGACCCUGGCUCCCUACAUCCCCAUGGAUGGUGAGGACUUCCAGCUGCACCCCAUCUGCCCUGAAGAGUCCCCCGCCGGCGAGACCACAGGCCUGGGCAGCGCCCAUAACAGCUUCAGCAACAUCGCCAGCCUCUUUCAGCCCCUGUCCUCUGGCCCACCUGCCCACUACCAGCCCACCAUGGGCACCACGGGGGCAGACAAGCAGGCGCCUGGCGGGGACACCUGGCCCAACAUGGCCUGUGGAGGCCCCCCUGCCAUCCCACCUUACCACGCCCCGGCCAGCACCCCUCUGUCCUCUAUGGGCGGACGUCACAAUCUGCAGUGGCCCCCUGACCCCCCGUUUCACUACCAGCGGCCAGUGGCCAAACCGGGCAUGUCGUCCACUCAGCACCUGCACCAGAUGAUGCCAACCAAUCAGAUGCCCAUGUACAAGCAAAGGUCCAUGGAGAACUUUGUCCAAGCCCAGAGGGACAUGAGCCCGGCCCGCUUGGCUCUGGCCAACAGCAUCAAGCGUUCCUUCACUCAGAUGUCAACGGAGGACAUGCAGCAGAAUAAACCCUCAGAGAUGAUGUGGAAGAGGAUGAGGAGUGACAGCUGUGCCAUGAUGGACAGGAAGUGUCUCAGCACCAGCGCCCUAUCAGAUAAAGGUAUGGGCUUGUCAGAUGGCUUUGGCCAUCAACACAGGAAGACACAGUACCCCUGUAAUCAAACAUGCAUGUCAAAGAAACCUUUCUCUGGGCAGUGCUGCAACUACAGAGAGUACAACUUAUUGCCCUCACCCAGAAAUGAGGGGAUGGUGAGUCGUCUCCUGGGCCCCUCCUUUGAGACCUUCUGCCUGCCUGAGCUCACGCGUUACGACUGCGAGGUGAACAUCCCCCUGCAGGGCAGGAUGCACCUGCUGCAGGGCAGCGAACUCCUGAGGGCUCUGGACCAGACCACCUAGACCACCUCCUGAGACCUGGUCCCAGAUCAGCCCCUCAACAACACCUCCCCACCACACAACCCUUCCAGCGACUCGCUGAGGGCGACCCCUUAUCAGACCCCCAGCACAAGCCACCACGAUGGCUUCUGGUCCCAAAAACCUGGUCCCAGAUCAGUCCCUUGUCCCUUUCUCACUACAUCCCCUCUCCACCCCACCCCUCCUAACUGGUCCCAAAACCCCACUGUGAAAAUGAAAAGGUCUCUGGAGCUGCAGUAAGGGGCUAUAUAUACUCAGUAAAGCAACCCUAGCAGCUUGGCCAGAGUGUUUGUUUUUAGAUAGCCUAUUAUGAUGAGCUAUGGCAGUGUAUGAUGUCAGAGAGGUUGGAUUUCCGCAUUGUGCUUUCCAUGAUCCAGCUCCUCCUCAAAUUACUAUGAGGUGGUUGCUCAAAAUGUAGCAUUUUGAAAUCUGUGGGUUCGAGUAGAGAUGAGCGAAUGCAGAUGCGUGUGUGUGUGUGUGUGUGUGGGUGUGUGUGUGUGUGUGUGUGUGCGUGUGUGUGUGGUUGUGGAUGUGUGUGGAUGUGUGUGUGUGCUUGUGUUUGUGCUUUUGUGUGUGUGUGUCAGACAGGUUCUUAGACAGGCACAGAAUGCAGUCUGCCGCUAUUGUGCCUUCAUUCAAAGUAAGUUUUGUGCAGAGAAGCCCUUAUUUUGAUAGAAGUUGCCAGCAGACAAAACAAUGUGUUUAAUAAAGAUGUAAUUCUAAUUCUUACCCAUGCUAAAAUGAUAGGAACAGGUGCCACUAAACUAAACCAAUAUGUUCCUCACAGGCCAUGGAACCUGAUGAAACAUUGGUUCUUUUGAAUACUGCCAGUCUAAGAAUAUUUAGUUAAAUACAAGCAUGACGUUAUCGCCGCAAAAUAGAGGUGACUUCUCUUGUAACCAUGGGCUACUGGCAGUCUUACCCACAGACACCCACCUCAUCCCAUUUUAUUAUUCACGGAAAAGUCGCUUAGAGAUUUAUUUUUACUAUCCUCAUCUUUUAAGUUAUAUACCUGUAUUAUUUUUUAGUUAAAAGGAUUUAUUGCAUAUUCAUUUUUUUUUGUCAGUGUCCGAAACUUAUUUUACCGAACUUUUAUCUUUGUCUUGAGAGUGUUGGAUUCUGUUAUUGUCAUCACGGUCCUCUGUCUGUCAUUCUACUUGGUUACAACAUGCUUGAUCAGGGGGGAGACCUCCAUGUUGCCUUCACAUGUUUGCCAUGUUUUUAGGAACAAUCACGAGUAGCCAUUUCCUCCCUUUAAUCUCUCGUCAUUAUUUCUCUCAUUUUCACAGUCUGUCUUUCCCUCACGUCUCAUCAAUGCUCUGUUGUGGUGACCACUUUAUCUUUACGUAUAUAUGAAUAGAUAUUUUAGAGCUGUAUGCGUAUAUUUGUUUAAAGUAGAUUGGAGAUGUCCCGUACUGUGUCUAAGAAUACUAUUUUAUUGCUUGUAGGCUUCGGUACUCUUGUCUUCUCUAUGCAUUAGAUACAAAUCAGAGUCCUGUCUGGUUUCAACGGCAAGUAGCACUGUUGUUUUUUUCUGUGGUUUGAGAUAUGCAAAAGCCUUAUCAUAUUUUCUCUUUUUUUGGCAGGCCAGUACUGUUCCUUUUAUCAUGUUCUUUUGAUUUUGUUGUUGUUGUCGUUAAUCAAAAAGCAGUAAAUAAAAUAUAUAUAUUCAGUAAUAAUAAUAAUAAAAAGUUCCACUCUUGAGACAUGUAGCAGAAUUCUGAAUUUUGAAAGGCAAAAAUAGUUAAGACUGCAUUAAAAUGAAACAGAUAUUCGCUGAUGGACACAUCUGAUGAUGACAAUACUUUUGUAGAUGAGUUUAGAUGUUUGUUUUGGAGCAGCAGCCGAGUUGUGUAUUACUGGGAUCCACCCACAUUAACACUGUAUCUAUCUAUCUAUGUGUUUGCUUGUUUGUUUGUUUGUUUGUUUGCUUUCUUUUUUUAGGGAGGGGGCUGAGGUUGUCUUUAAGGUUGAACUGUGAGUUUCACUAAUGCCUUAAAACAUGCCCAAAUUUUUUUCCUGAAGUGCUUAAUGAUGACGAUUAGAUCAACCCCUCAGAGCCACAGACUGGUAUUUUGCUUUGUUGAGUCGUGUUUUAGAGUUAGAUUGACUAUCCCAUGAUACCCAAAUCCUGUCUUAUUUAUAUCCAUAUGCUCACCAUUUGCCAAAUAUGAAAUACAUCCCUGGGUGGUAGUCUGAUAACAUCCUCAUAGCUCUUCAUUAUUAUCAGCCGUGUAAAUAUAAUAAUUAAUGAUGAUAUACUAGUCUGAGUUUAGAUUGUAGACAACACUGGUGAUGACAAAGGUGAAAUGAGUUAGUUGUCUAAGUAUUUUAGAAGGUUUUGCAGGUGCGGAACUAGCACACUGUUUAGUCAUGCAUAGCCACUGCAUUGACUGUGAAUGUGUAUAUGUCAGAUUGGACUAGGUUGUUGGAAAAUUGGAUAAUGUCAUGGAUGUCACUGAGGAUUAUUCAGUAACCAAGGUAAACUGGCAAGCAGAGGCAGUGUUCUAUAUUGCAGCCUGGGGCUCUGUCCCUCUCAUGCCAAAUCUUAACAUGCAUUUGAUUAUUACCCUUCGCUGAAUCCAAACAUUCAGAUGUCACUGCUAUAUUAAGCUCAAUGAUUGCUUUGGCAACAGGAGUAAUUGCCACUCCAAAAACAAUAAAAAAAAAUCAAGCCUUACUUAGCAUCUCACAAUGCUGACGAAGAGCAGAAUGUCUCUAUGGCAUGUUGGCAAUUGAGCUAGUCCUCUUGCCUUCACACAUAGAGCUAUUAAAAGAAGAUAGAGACCUUUCGAGUGGUGAGGGAUAGAGGUGAAGUCUGCUCAGCCUACCCACUGAUGCAGCAACCUCAUCUCUCACUGCGUUAACAGUCUCUUCCUCUCUAUAUAUAUAUAUCAAUCUCUUUUGCAAACACCCCCAGUCCUCUCUGUGAUUAAAUCACAAAUGUGCGUUCUUGCACAAGCUAAAAAAAAAACAUAGUUUAUGGGAAAAAAAAUAUCGCUGGAACAGCCUCAAUCCAAAGACAGAGAAAAAGACAAAAUGUCCUCUUUGUUUUCCUCGAGCCAAAGUGAACGGAAUCUUGAGCAUUUCCCCCAAGUGAUGCGGAGCCUAGAUUAAAAAUAUCGCCCGAAUAAUGCAAGAGGAUGUGCAAUUUGAUGUUGUUUAUUUAUGCUUUCUGCUAAGUGGAUGAGGCCGGGCACAUGAGUGUCUGUCAGGGGGAAUGAGAAAUUGGCGUCCCAUCAGACUUCUGUACACAGAUAGCAAGAUGUUUUACUCAAAUAUAAAUAUACGGAGUCCCACUAAGUAGCCUACAAGCCGAGUAAACUUAUGGGGGGACACAUAUUUGACCUGGAAUGUCCCCAUUAGGUUGAUUUGUCAGGAGUUUUUAAAUCAUGAACCAGGAGCUCAAAGAGUAUAGUUCUCUAAUGUUUACUUGAAUGACCAGUGAUAAAAAGCCAAAGCACAGCUGCCCACGCGUCGAUUCUAUUUAUUUGUUACCUUACAUAUCUCAGUACUGGUUUGGUUGCACUAAAGAGUUAAUAGCUAUUUAACGAAAACUGUACACCUGUAAGUGAGGAGAGACAUGGUCAAGUCAAGAUGCAUCAACUGCCCACAGAAAGACCUAUCACCAGUCGUAGCUGUAGCCUCUGUGUUCUCUGAGGGGUGUUGAAACGUCAUGUGCAGUUAACCAUAAAUGUGAUGAAAAAACUGUGUCAACUGUAUUCUUGGCAUAUACAUGUUGCUCACACUCAACAUUAAGGGCAUGGCUUGUCCAAAACUGGGAAAUCUACCAUUGUGUGCUUAACUUCAUGUCAGUAGUCAUUACUGCCAGGUUUUGUGUGUGAGAUCAAGAGAAACUGCGUUUUGACUCAUGCAUGGUGUUCUACUGGAGUAAAGAUGAGCAGAUGAUGGCAGAGUUUCCAUGUGUGGAUGAUGUAUCCAUUUAAAGACAAUGACAGUGAUGUUUUUUGUUUGUUUUCUAGACAUAAUAAAGGGGUUGUUUUCAUGGGACUAUGUCUGCUUUCACCCUGUUUAAUUUUUGUUUUGGAUGUCUUAUAGUUACAUUAGCUGAAACCAUGACUAUUUUAAUAUGCUAAAUUCAUAUUUACUAUAUUAUUAUUAUGAUAUUUCUUGUUAUUGUUAUUACUGUAUGGGAAAUUUUACCCCAGUAAGAAGUUGUAUUUCUGCACUGAUAUGUUAUUAAAGCAUAUUGAUCUCAA